UCGAACGGUGAACGUUUAUCACAACAUUUUGCAAAAAUGAAAACACGCUUCACUUUAAUCGUUUUAAUUCUAAUGGAAAUAACGUCGAUUCGAACGCAACAUCCGACCUGCAACAAAUUCGACUUUAGCGAUCCUUUAACUAUAAACGAAUUCCGCUCAUUUCCAGACGAAUAUUGUGGAUCGAAUGUUAGUCGAAUGGUUAUGAGAUCUUACAAUGACUCAUCGAUAACUCCAUUGCAUUCAUCGUCUCGAUAUUUUUUGUCAGCAAUUGGUAGCCUUCCAUUUUGUUUGUCGAGGGCAGCGAGUACUGAGGCAACUUCUACUUCUGUAAUCAAAAUGGCAUACUUUCUCCAAGGCACAAUUGUCAACACAAGUUUUAUUGAAGUUAUGGCUGUAGAUAAUAUUGCUUUCAAUAGAAUCGUCUCUAUUCUCCUUGUUACCAACCGAUGGACUGUAUACGAAGGCCGAUUUCGUCUUUCUGGAAGAGUACGUUUGUCUGGAGUAAUUGAUUCAAGAAAUACUUUGGCUAUAGAGUACCUUCACAUUUACAACCCCGGAGUGUCUGACGAGAAUUGUAUGCCGACUGUAACAAGUACAACAACAACAACGCCUCCAAAACUAUGUCAGUGGGAAGCUGGUCAGGAAAUAGCAAUUGGAACUCGCUGUGUUGGGCAGCAUGGAUUCUUUGUGUUUCAAUUGGACGGAAACGCAGUGAUCUACGAUGUAAAUAACGUGCCCCUUUGGAAUACAGCAACAUCUGGCAUUGGACACUCUUUUGUGUUCGAAACUAACGGAAAUUUGGCAAUGUACUCCAGUACUGGCUCACAAGUAUGGAACAGUGCAUCUUCGAACAUGGGUGCAAGCUUGCUAGUUUUUCAAGAAGAUCGAAAUCUAGUUAUUUAUAACACAGCCAACACACCAGCAGUUGCAUUGUGGAAUAGUAGAACCUUUGUUCCAUGAAGGAAAUGAAACAUUUUUUAAGGAGUCCACAGAAAUAUU